AUGACACAGAAAAAAAUUGCAGAAGAAAUAGAGAAAGCACUGGAAAAAUCCAAAGGCCUUAACCUCCACGAACUUCUCUUUUCCUACCAGGGGACUCUCUACCCGAAUACAGUGUGCAGUGCAGAGACGUUCCAAGCCCUGGAGAAUUUUGAAAGCAGAAAAGAUGAUGCUGUGUUGGUUUCCUAUCCCAAAUGUGGAGCAAAUUGGUUGAUUCUCAUUGUGAAUGAUCUGAUUGCCACAACGUUGAAAGUUAAGCAGGAGAACACAGAAUUGCCAUUUAUCGAGUGUGGAGAUCCAGAAAAGUUUCAGAGGAUGAAACAAUUUCCUUCUCCAAGGAUUGUGGCCACGCAUCUCCAUUACAACUACCUGCCCAAAUCUAUUUUCAAAAAUAAAGCCAAGAUAUUGGUGGUGUUUCGAAAUCCUAAAGAUACAGCAGCAUCGUUUUUCCAUUUUCAUAAUAAUGCACCAACCAUUCCCAGUUAUAAUUCAUGGGAGGAAUUUUUCCCAGAAUUCAUGAAUGGAAAAGUUGCCUGGGGAUCCUAUUUUGAUCAAGCUAUCGCUUGGAACAAACAUAUAGAUGAUGAAAACGUUCUGAUUCUGAUAUAUGAGGAAUUAAAGGAGGACCUGGUUUCGGGAGUAAAGCAAAUAGCUAAUUUCUUUGGUUUCCCUGCUACUACUGAGCAAAUUCAGUCUAUUGCAGACAGAAGUACCUUCCAAGCAGUGCGCGAUAAGUCACAGGAAACACAUGGUGCAGCUGGUCCCCUGCUCUUCCGGAAAGGCAUUGUAGGAGAUUGGAAGAAUAUUUUUGACAAGCCUCAAAAUGAGCAAAUGGAGGCUAAAUUUAAGGAAUGUUUAGCUGGAACGAAGCUGGGAACCAAGCUGAAGUAUGAUGUCUACUGCAAAACAUGA